CUCGGUUCGUGCGGCCUGAGACUCGACUCCGAUUUGUCCCGGCUCGCUUGUUCGCAGCGAUAGUAGUACGUAGAAAAGCAAAAAAGCGGGAAGUGCGCGCGUGAGAAAACCCAAUAACUCUCUUGAGUUGGAAAAUUUCAAGCGAAAAUCCACCAACCAACCUGUGCAAGUUAACCGCAGAAAGUAGGCUGUGCGGUGUGCCGCCAGGUUAUCAGAAACGAAUCACAUAGUCUGUGCGAGAGAAAGUGAAGGAAAAAGAAUCAAAAAACCUAGUUACAAAAAAAAACUGGAAACGGAAAAGUUUUUCUUUGAACGUUACAAUUGACGAGACAUUUACAGCCCCGUGUACUCGCUGGUUCGAACAUGGAGGAAGAGGAUGAUAAAGUGUGUCCCCUGGGGGGUUUCAUUCAGCAAAAGCAACAGUAUAUGAGAUCUCUGCUAGAGCAAACCAAGCAGCAACAAAUGGCACUGGUUCAGGGGCCGGACUCGGAGGCCGAUACACUGACGGAUUGUACCCCGGGAGCCGAAACGUUUGGAGAAUUCAUGAAAUCCAGCGGCACCCGAAUGCUGGAAAACGUUCGAUUUCAUGGAAAUUUUUCAGCAACAAGUGUGAAUACGAACGCAAGCGUACAAUCGAUUCAAUCUGCCCAAACUUCGUCAUCGACGGCAUCAGCAGCAGCAGCAGCAGAAACAGCAGCCGUGUCCUUGGUUUCGACCAAGAAAAGCAAGUUCUCUAGUUUUCUGCAGCGCAGUUCGACAACGACGUCUAGCAGUAGUUUCUCCUCCAGUUCAGACAGCUCCCUUGGAUCGUUAAGCUGUUGUGCUAGCCAGCAGCAAACCCUUGCUGCAAGUUCGUCCUCUGCUUCUGUGUCCUCGGAAUCCUCAACAUCGACCCUCGAAGCAGCGAACGCGACCGAGUUUUUGAGGGCUUCGUCUCCUGCCGUACCGCAGAUAGUAAUCAAACCUUGCUUCGAUAGUAUGUUAAGUGAAGUAGAAUCUGCCGAACAAAAAUUCAGAAAAAAUAUGCAAUUGAAUCGAAAAAUUUCGAUUCUCAGCCCUUCGCAUCUGAGCAUUCGAAGUGAGCAAACGACCCGAGAAGAACGAACAUCUUGUUACAUAAACGCUGAAUCGUUGCUCUUCGACGUAGAGAAUGGUCAGGGUUCGCGAUCACCGCUGGAAGGUGGAUCUCCGGCAGCAGCAGCCGCCGCUGGACUGGUACUGCAGAAUCUACCUCAGCGACGAGAAUCCUUCCUGUAUCGGUCCGAUUCCGAUUUCGAGAUGUCGCCGAAGUCGAUGUCUCGGAAUUCCAGCAUCGCCAGUGAAAGAACUGAUAAAUUUUCUAGAAUCAAAGAAGUGGAGGCGCCAACGAUCACCACAACGGAACGAGCACAUGUGGAAGAUCUAAUCGUUACACCAUUUGCGCAAAUUCUGGCAAGCCUACGUUCGGUGCGAUCGAACCUCUUCAGCUUGACGAACGUAACGCCACCCAAAUCUAAGCGAAACAAUGUUCAACCGGCUCCGGUCGUGAAGGCACUGAAUCCCGGGGAUGAAUCGUACUCGAAGCUGGCUUCGGAAACGAUGGACGAGCUGGACUGGUGCCUCGAUCAGCUGGAAACGGUGCAAACGCAUCGAAGUGUGUCCGACAUGGCGUCGCUUAAGUUUAAGCGGAUGCUGAACAAAGAACUCUCGCAUCUAAGUGAAUCUAGCAAAUCUGGUAACCAGAUUUCCGAAUAUAUUUGUUCAACCUUUUUAGACAAACAGCAGGAGCUGGAUAUCCCUUACAGCAGAGAUGACAUGGAAACGCAUAACCCUAGUAGUACGUAUGCCCGCAGUCGAUCGCCCCGGAUGGGAGAACGGAUGUCGCAGAUCUCCGGCUUCAAGCGACCACUGAUGCACACGAAUUCGUUCACCAGUGAUCGUUUGCCGCAGUAUGGCGUCGAUACGCCACACGAACACCAGCUGGGGCAGAUUCUGAACAGCAUCGAUACCUGGGGCAUCGACAUCUUCAAGAUCGACACGCUGAGCAACAAUCGACCACUGACUUGUGUAGCUUUUGCUAUAUUUCAGGAAAGGGACAUUCUAAACACUCUUAUGAUACCAUCCAAAGUUUUUCUAGCGUUUAUGACAACCUUAGAAGAUCAUUACGUUAAGGAUAAUCCAUUUCACAACUCAACACACGCGGCCGAUGUGGCGCAGAGCACGCACGUCCUGCUGAAUACGCCGGCGCUCGAGAAUGUUUUCACCGCGCUGGAGAUCUGCGCGGCACUGUUUGGCGCCUGCAUACACGAUGUUGAUCAUCCCGGUCUAACCAAUCAGUUUUUAAUCAAUUCAAGUUCAGAACUAGCAAUUAUGUACAAUGACGAAUCCGUACUAGAAAAUCAUCAUUUAGCAGUGGCAUUUAAACUCUUGCAGAAUGAAGACUGCGAUAUACUACGCAAUAUCCAAAAGAAACAGCGUCAAACGUUUCGAAAGAUGGUUAUCGAUAUGGUGCUAUCGACGGACAUGUCCAAACACAUGUCGCUCCUGGCAGAUCUGAAGACGAUGGUCGAAACGAAAAAAGUUGCCGGUUCCGGUGUUUUACUGCUGGACAAUUAUACCGAUAGGAUACAGGUGUUGGAGAAUAUGGUACACUGUGCCGAUCUGAGCAAUCCCACCAAACCGUUACCGCUGUACAAAAAAUGGGUCUCGCUGCUGAUGGAGGAGUUCUUCCAGCAGGGCGACAAGGAGCGAGCCGCCGGCAUGGACAUCAGCCCGAUGUGUGACCGGCACAAUGCGACGAUCGAGAAAUCGCAGGUCGGCUUCAUCGACUACAUCGUGCACCCGCUCUGGGAAACGUGGGGUGAUCUGGUGCAUCCGGACGCACAGGACAUCCUGGACAUGCUCGAGGAGAACCGGGACUACUAUCAGAGCUUAAUACCACCGUCGCCGCCAGCGCACGACGAGCCGGCGGACGACAAGAUUCGCUUCCAGGUUACGCUCGAGGAGGAAAGCGCUUCGGAAAAUGACGACUCCCAUCCCGAGGAAACCAACUAAAGGCAACGCGACGACAGACAAACAGUUAGCGCACACCAGAAGAAAAAACAACAACCAAACCAUGUUCGCCAUCGCCAUCAUCCAUAUUUACCACUAUUUCAAAAAAAAACCAACAAACACAAUAUCAUACGGACGCCAAAAUUUUGGUUUGACAUUUUUCGCUUUUUGUCUCGGCCACGUUCGAAUGUGGCCGGCCAUGUGAGAGGCUGAAUAAAAAAAAUACAAACAUAUAGAAAAAUCAUACAAAUAGAGCAAGCAACAAAGCAAGAUAAGCAUAUACUCAUCGUAACGCUGUAACCCAUGUAACGCAGAUCAGUAUCAGUUGUAAAAAAACAAAAACAAAACAAAAAAUAAAACGAAGUUUAAAGUCUUAGUAGGAAAUAGAAACAAAAAGUGAAUCCGAGCUGGAAUUUAUCGGAGAAUAAAAGUGCGGGCAACUAUGUAAACAGAAACAGAAGAAAAAGAAGCGAAAAAGCAACAACACAAACAGCAAAACAAAGGUAUCAGAGACACAUACAAUACCAACACAAAACAACAAAUACACACAAACAAAACAAACUUAUUAGGGCAGGCUCCCAACAAACGGUUAGUAUUGUAAUAUGGAUAGGUAACAAAGAAUUUAUUGAUUUGUUGAUUACUUAUUUAAUGGGUUAUGAAACAAAAUGAAGAACAUUUUAUUACCAACAUAACUCACACAGUCACACACACAUUCAAACACUCGAGGAGAAAACAACUAUCAAACAGAUAAGAAAAAACACAACAAUGCAACUAUUACGAGUUUUCGAGUUGUUGUUUGUUGAACCCUUAUUUUACUAUUGUUUGAAAGAUGUAGGCCAUGCUGAGGAAACCAAAAAUUUCUAAACCAAAAGAGAGAGAGAUGAGAAGCUGCUGACAAACCCACAGUCACACGAAUGAAUAGCUAAAUUCUAUCCAAACCAAAAAUUAAUUAUUUAAUUUUUUUAUUUAAAAACUAGUAGUAGUUAGUAGCAUUAAGCAAACUAAUCACGAGCAAAUAAAAGCAGUCAGAAAGAUACAGAAAUGAUAGGCCAAUGAAAAAAAUUUUUUUUUGUGUGAAUCUUUGAAGCGAUCGCAAUGGAUCGAUCGUUACGAUGAGAAGUGUAGAAGUUUUUCGUUUUUCCUAUUGUGUCGCAGCAUGUAGUAUUCUGUCGAGUAAGUACGGUUUCAUGAUAGUUUGUUCAUAGUUUUUUAUUCUUAUUUUUUAAUAUUUAUGAUAAUUGUAAUUAGAUGAUCGAAGCAGUCGUACGAUUUUUUUAAAGUGAAUAAUCUAUACCAAACAGAGCAGGCUUUGAAAAAAUGUGAACGGAGGGAAAUUCGUUUACACAAAAACACAACUAAACCAUGAUGACUUGUUGUAACUAACACGCAACCAAUAAUGAUAUUACGUAAGGUCAGAGAGAAAGAACGCGAGUCAAAUCCAAGCAGGCGAUGGAUGCUAGCGAUUAGAAACGGAAAAACAAAACAAAACAAACUGUCCUAUCUAGAGAGCUAUACUAAAUAGGUACACUACAGACAAGCAAUAUCAGAGCAAAGAAGCGAAAACAAAAUCAUUUCUGAAAGGUGGAAAAAAUGGCUUUUUAGCAAUGUUUUCCAUAAUCUCACUCGUAAAAAGUAAAAUAUUUUUCGGCGUAUGUUUUUCCAUGUAUGUUUGUGUACUGUACACAGCCUAGUAGCUUGAGUGAACUCCAAAUUACGCUCGUUGUUUGUUAUAACCCAUUGGCUAAAGCUUUAAAACAAUAAAAGUGUGUUGUUUUUUGCCUAAAUUCGAUGGUUGAUUAUUGAGAACGUAUUUCGAGAUAAAAACAAAAAAUCUUCUCGGGAAAACAAAUCUUAUUUCCAUCACAGCAACAAGAAAGGUUGUAAAUUGGAAAGGGGUCUGGAUGAAAGAUUUUUCCAUGCUGCUUUUCGUGUUUUUCUUGAACCCAGAACCUCGAAUCAACUUUUCGAUCAACGUAGGCGUUUUAUUUUUAUUUUGUGGUGAAUGAGUCAGAAACAAAGUAGACCACGUGUUUUGAAUUCGUCGAGGAAAAAAAUAAGAAGAUUCAUUUGAAGGCUGUUGUGCUGCCAGUUUUUUUGGUAAUCUUUCGGGAUUGUCGAAAAAGUUUGAAAAAACCUCAGUUGAUUUUUUUUAUUAAAUUUUGAAUUUUUGUAUAAGCAAAAUUUAUGAACAAAAAUACAGAAAUUCAGUUUUCAGAUUGUGAACACAGAAUAAAAAUUUGGACUUUGAUUUGAAAACCAAAAUUUGAAUUUUUGUUUUGUUUUGAUGAUCAGGAGAAAAUUUAAAAAUAAACUAAAAGAAAGUUGAGAAACAAACAGCAAAGCUGAUGAAUCAGUUAACAUUGUUAAAUCGUUACCGUUGCCAGCUUUUCAUGAAUUCAAUCAAGAAAUGUGACUAAAUUAUUUUUUUAAAUAGUGCAUUUUCUUGGAUGAAAUUCAAAUACAAUAAACUGUUUUAUUCAACUUCUAUCAAAACAAUUCUUUGUGUUGGACUACAAGAAAAUCUUAGUUUCUGCUCAAUCAAACACACACGAUCAUGGAAACAAAAACAAAUAAACGAACAAACAAACAAGGAGUCUACAUCACAAACACACAAGCGCUUCACUCAGACGGUGGGAAAAUACAACAAAAAAGGAUAACAGCAAACCGAACUAAAAAAAUUCAAUGAAAAUCAUCGGACGGCAGAAAAAAAGAGAGCAGAUGGACAUAGCGAAAAGUAUAAACUAAACAAAUAACAAAAAAGAGACGUAAAACCCAAUAAAAUCGUAAUACAACAAACCAAAAUGUCUGAUCUUGCUAAUGGCAAAACCAAAAAAAAAACAAGAAAAAAACACGUCAAACAAAAAAAAACAAGUAACUAGCGAAAUAUCGAUGUGAAACUAGUUUAGAGCGUACUAAACCAAACGAGAAAAGAAAGAAGGAGAAGAUACCAAAACAAGCAAAAAAAGAAAAUAAAAGAAACCAUAAUGUUACAGUAAAGCUUAGUUCUUUUAGAAAUGGGACACUUUCAUUUGCUAAUAGCUCGUUAACUAGUUAUUGGAUAUUAAAAAUUUUGACAGCAUUUUGUUGCCUGUAAAAAGUACUAUUCGACCUAUUUUUUUCAAAAUUUAAAAUUUACUCGUUUUUGAGAUAUGUACGAUGCAAGAGAAAAAGAAAAAAAUAAUUUUGCACAGUUUCCUUUAAAAUUCGUCAUUAUCAAAUUGAUAGCUGACAAAACCGUUGAUUAUUCAAAGAAUUACUGAGUUUUUGUGGUGGAUAAGUAUGCAAACACUGUCAAUAAUGUCCACAAAGUUCAAAUCAAGUAUUGGAGUGAAGCACAUGAUCGGCAACAACGGUUAAGGGUCAUCAAGGAAGUCAAGUCUCAUACCAGCCUUUUUAAUUUUCAAUAAACGAAAAACUAAGGGUAGAUCGCUGAAAUGUCCAAAACAAUUUUCUCCGAUAAGCUGAAAGUGUUGCCUAGUGAUGACUCAUUGAAACCCAACCUCAAACAACCAUUUUUUGAUAGUUCCAAAGCUCUUAAGCUGUUAAACCGGUACAAAAAAAAAACGUUAAAAAAUGUGAUCAAAAAUAAUCAAAUUUGUUCAUUUCGAAACAACUGUAUAUUCACUGAAAUGCUUCCAGUUUCUUUUAAAAGAGAAGUAUUGGACCGAAAAGUAUCAGAAAUUGAAGAAGGAAGGUGAAGCCACCUAAAAUAUAGAUUUUACGAAGUAUAAGUUGAAGAAACUGAUCAAUACCAUGACUGAGAAAAGUGUGCGCCGGCCAAUGGGAGAUACCAAAAAUAAAGUAGAAAUUUCCUUAACAAAAAACAGUAAAUAUUUUUUUUCAAAUUUUUUCAUGAAAGAUCAUAACAUUACCUUCAUUUUCUUCAUAGAAACUAUUUCGUUCAAACGAAUAGUUUUUGAGAUACAGGCAUUCGUAACUGUCCCAUUUCUAAAAGAACUAAGCUUUAGUAGACGCGAGCCAACAACAAGCAAAAAUGAAAAAAAAACAAAACCCGUAACACCGUGAAAGUGUACCAUUAGAAUUUCAAAGUAAUAACAAAGACAAAAUCAACCAAUAGGAAAAAAAGAAAAGAGAAAAAUAGUAACACAACAACAACAAUACAAUACCGAACUGUGUAGAUAGAGUGUAGAGUAUUUUUAAGACUAACAGAGAAUGAAGUAAACAAAAAAACAGAUGCAGAAGUAAUCGAAAAAACGGUUGAUUUUGACUAUAAACUUGUUUGCAGUGGAGCAAGCGCGGCUUUCGGGAAGUUUGGACGGAGGGAAAACUUUUGAGAUUAUUGCUAAAAGAUUUUUUAAGUUUGGUUGAAAAUUCUUUGAAAUCAAAAUUGGAUUUCGGAUUUUUAAUUCAUGUUUAGAAUACAGAAUCUGUUAUUUUUGUAAUUUUUUAUUUUAAAUUCCAAGUGAGAGUUUAAUGCAACAGAAGUUUGAAUUUAAUGUUUUAUGAUGAUUAUUUUUUCUUGAAAUUUUUAUUGACAAAAAUCUAUUUCACAAAAAUACUGAAAAAAAUAUCAAAUUGUUGAAACUGAAUCUUUUUUAUUUUAAAAUUUCAAAUUUAAAUGAAUGAAUUAUUUUUCUCAACUCCUUCCGUGCUUCCAGUUUUUUUAUGUUUUUUUAAAUCAAACUAUUAUUCAAAUGGUAUACCAAAGGAAAGGGAAAAAAGUCUAGUGAUUGUAGUUGAAUUUUCGAACUUUGCAAAUGUUUCGCAGCGCAUCGCAAAACAAAACAAACAAAUACGAAAUCUUUUUCGUGAGAGACAGUCCGAGUACCGAGUAAUUUUGCGGUUUACAACAAUACGGCAUUACAAGUUUGAAUCAGUGUUGGCAGAUUAAAGGAGGAGGAGAAGGAGGAUAGAAUGACACCUUAGUAUCUUUACCAUUACGUAGUUCGAGCGAAUUCAAGGCUAUUGAGCUCGGCAAUCGGGAUUGGUCGGGGAAAAAAUAUACACAGUUUUUUCCUAAUUUAACACAUUUACCUAAAACUGAUUUGUCCACAAUUCAUCUAAAUUUUGCGCAAUAAAGUGCCUCUCUAACUAUCAUUAAAAAAUACGUAGUAAAAAUAAAAAGAUUAUAGAAAUGCGACAUUUAAAAUUUAAGAUAAAAAAAACAUCAACAUUUAAACGCUUUACAUGUUAGCUAUGCAAUUCUUGUGUGUAUUUUUGAAUAAGGCAUUAGAAGGUGUAAGUAAUCUGGCAACACUUCUCUCAACAGGAGAUUGUUCAUUUAUCAUGUUUGCCUUUUUUUUACUUUAUCCAUCUGAUAAUCUACUUGAAUCCAUGUCUGAAUUGCGAUCAAACGGAACAUAUUCAUAAUAGAAAACCAACCCCAAAAAUAAACUUAGAAAACCAUUAAAACAUUCACAAUAACAACAACAAAAUAAGAAUAAAAAAAACUUAAUGCUAUCCGAAUACAACUGUUGUAGACUGGCAGCACUGUUUCAGCUUUUCAGCAAAGAAGGCAAAAAACGACGACUGUUUCACUUGGUUAGUGAGCGAAUUUGUGGACAAAUCUGUUUGAAAAAAAAAUACCCAUGUCUUACAGAAUUUUCUAAUCCAUAAACCCAAAUCCGAAAAUACAAAUGAAAAAGAUUUGUUCAACAUGUUCAACUUUUUUCACCCAUACAAAAUAAAAAUUUCCAACCCAAGUCCCGAGACCCCGAGAAAAUAGCCCGAAAUCUACACAGCAUACACAUCAUCAUUGAUAUAUUUAUCACGUGCAGCAGUCGCUGAAGAAAAAGAAAUGAAAUUAGAAAACAAAACAAAAUAAAUGAUUACACAUAUACAUAUAAUUUUUAGACGCUGGCCGUCGUUAUACGCAAUGUUUUACACAAAUCAUAGUAUAUUUUUAAGUUUUGAAUUUCUUAAGUAAACGAGACGGAGAGAGAGAGAAAAAAACAAUAACAUGCUUACUUAAGACGAAAGACAGAGAAAGAAAGCAAAAGCCGUACAGUGUUAUGAGACAAAGAUCGGAAUGAGUUAAGUCUACAGAGGAAGAGAAAGAGAUCCAAACUCAUACAAUCAAUCGUGAAGAUUAAAUUUUCCCACAUGCAAACACACAAAUACCAAUGGAGUCAAACAGAAAAAAAAGUGAACUACUGAUUUUGGAAACAAACAACACAAAACAACAGUUAAGUCUCCCUUAAGACCUUAGGUUUUGCUUUUUAUUGUCAAACUUUGUGAGUGCUCGAACAAGAACAAACAAAGCUCUCGAAAAUGGAACCGAAAAAAAAGAGCAAACUACUAUCCCCCUACAACAAAACAACACAAACACACACACAGAAACAUCAGAACAGACAGAUUUAAGAGACAAAAGAAUAAACAACAUCAACAACAGAAGAAAAAGAUUGCUACAAUAUGUAUGGAACAAUGGUUUUACUUAUUGUUAAAUAAAUAUGUGUUUAAAAAUAAAA